GUCGUCAGUUGAACUGCGCGUCAGUGAAAUCAUCAUAAUCUACGUUGCUGCUGCGAUGCCAAUUUGGCAUGAAACACUUUUAUCACGAAACAUAUGGUCCGAAAAUGUGUUUGUGACAAAGCUCAGCGAGUUGGAAUAUUUCUAAUACUGUAUUCGGGAAUUAUAAAUGUCAUCAUUUCCAACGGAUCAGAAGAUGAAUCGGUAAAUAUAAAUUGGAUUGAUGUGGCCCAUGCUAGACCGGUGGCGCUCUCUUGUGAAUAUGGAUUGAAUCCUUUGACCAGUUCCGAUACUAAAAGAAUUGUCUCCAUCUGCUUCUUGGACACACAAUGUCCCGUCUUCCAGUAUGCUGACAGAAGUAUGUUUGCCGCGGCAGGCGUUCAAGAAGCAUCUUCUCUUCAUGAUUAUAAAAUGUCUAUGACAUUCUCGUAUUUCUUCCACCAUUCGUUCUAUGUUUGUCUUCUUACGACUUCACUUCUCAUUUUAUCUCUUAGUGAAACCCUCAAAACGGAUAUCAGAAAUCUAAUUUCCGAUGUUUCUAGUCUCCUUUUUUCUCUUUUCUCUAAAUACUCUUAUUUUCUCGCUCCCAUACUGUAGGGCAGGAUCCGAAAUGGUGUUAUGCAAUCGUAGUUUUUUUCACAAGCAUGUUUUAAUGCAUCCAUCUAACAUUAUAUUUUUCCACAUUGACUUCUAAGUCCACAUUAAUUUUGUAUGUUGGUAUAUUACAUCGCACGUACUUAAACGAACUUGUAUGUUUAAUCACGAUAUGAUCUAUAACAAUCUUCCCUUUCCUCAUGUAC